AGACUUCACCAUGCUUGCCUUCACAGAAGAGGAUACCGAACUCCAUGAGCAAACUGUUGCUGCAGAAGAGCAAGAGAUUGAUGUCAUCGACCUCAUUCAGCCAACAGACAAAGAAAUGCCCCUAGAAAAAGACUUUCGAUCCUGGUCUGUGAAAGAAACGGCUAUUUGGCUAAGAACAGUUGGAUGUGAGGAAGUUGUCACAGCUUGUUUUAUUGAUGAAGACAUUGAUGGAGAAGCGCUGCAACUAAUGACAGAAGAGUCCAGACUUGUAGAAAUUGGAGUCAAAAAGAUGGGGGCAAGACUCAGACUUAUACAAAUAACGGAAGUACAAGAGAAAAGCGAAUCAGCACCAAUGGACUUCGAUUGCAUGUCAAACUUCUAUGGCAAGCUACCAAAGGAACGGCAAGCGUUUCUGAAAGCCCACCGUCCUUGGCUGUACAACCAGUACAUGCACAGCAAACGAUUCAUCAGAAGUGAAGUGCGCAAACACUUCCCCAUCCACCACAUUUGCGUCGGCGGGAGAGCAAGAGAAGCUGGAAGGCUGGUCAAGAACCUUGAAAGCAAGUGCUCUGUGCCAGAAAUCGGGUUUGGGCUAGUUGGAAUCCGCUACCAUGCCAUCCAGACUACUAGAGAAGCUAGGAGACGUCAGAAAGAAAAGGCGAGAAGACCGAACGGGGCUGAAGAAACGACCAAAAGCUCCCUCAACGACAGGUUGGCUCACAAGACUGCUGUGACAGCUCACAACGUGGACGAGCACGAGUCUAGUAAUGACCCUGAGGAGGAUGGACAACCAGCUGCAUGUUCUGGCGAAACCAGACAUAGCAGAAAACGACCAGCAGAUGCAGCAUUGGAAGAGCCGCCGCCGAGAAUUUUUUCUUGCUCAUCGAUGGGAAGAGGUCGCCGUGGCGAAAGACAAUCCCUAGACAGCCUAGGGAUCGCUCCGACGGACACGAGCGACCUCACGGCAACGAAUGACAACCAUCCUGGAGAUGAAUUGUCGCAGCGGGACAGCAACAUCAUCGUGGCUGCAGUCUUGAAGCUGCCAAGCGUCAAGGACGCAGUCAUGGGCAAGCUUCGUCUUCUAGCUAGGCAGCUAGGAGUACCACGCUACUCGUCCAAAGACAAAAAUUGGCUAGUUCUGGAGCUAGCCUGGCUGGCGGUUCAACAGGGCUGGGUAAAGAACCUUGGGAACAAGGACGUUCUUUCACCCGAGAACGUUUCUGUUACACGCUAUUUUGAAUAGUUACUGCGCAUGUGUGAAUUUUUGUUGUACACUAUACGUGUAUGUACUGUAGUCUAGGUGAUUAGCUGAUUAGAGUGUUUAAUUGAAAAUAUAUAGACACUAUUCAACCGUUUGCAAUCAGCGCUCCCAUACAAGGGUUAAAUGGGUUGUUGG